CCAUUGCAUUCCAACCUGGGCAGCAAGAAUGAAAUUUCAUUUCAAAAAAAAGAGAAAGCCUUAUAAACUAAAUACCAGAGUACAUUGUUUUACUCUGAGGAUGCCUGAAAUGCCACAUUAAGGCUGUUUGAUGGGAAUGUCCAGAAAUAAGGAAGGGAAGAGGGGGACACUAAAGGAAUCUCUCAGUCUCUCACUCCUCACCCUAAAUUAGAUGCUAUAUUUUCUAUUGUAUUGGCUAUAUUUUUCUUUUGUUUUUUUUUUUUUUUAAUUUCUAAAAUUCAACCAGAGCCUACUUAGAACUGAGUUGGUUUCUGUGGGACCUGCAGGGAGGUGGCAGUGAGACUCAAGGUGUCAGAGAAGCAAAGGAGCAGGGACUGGGGAAGGGUGGGGUUCCGAGGAAGCACCCCCACAUCACAAUUUUGCCCCAGUGCUGGGGAGAAGAGAAAUGUCCCCAGCUUGUCUCCUCCUCUCCCUCUCUUCCUCCUUCCUCUGCCUUCAUCUUUCUCCUGGGAGAUUUAUUUCUGUCCCUUUUUUCAUCUAAAGCAACGGAAAUGAAUCAUCUUUCAGCCUGUUUAAUAAACAGCCCCAUGCCUCCUGACCCCAGCUGACUCUCUCACUGGCUCCUCUGUGGCUGCUCCUGGGCUAGGUCUCACCCCCUCAAAGGCAAGACCCCCUCAUGGCUAGCUAUUCUUGGUAAUGUUCUCCACCCUCCCUUCCCGCUCAGUCCUGGCAGCUUGACCUCCUCCCACCCCAGGGAUGACUGGAAUCACAGACAGCAUUCCAAGCGACAAUCCCACGAGCUGACCAGAGGGGCAGGGGAAGCAAGGGGGCCACCAUGUUUAGAGGGUUUUUUGUGCCAUCUCAAUGACCCUAUUAGUAGAUCUCAAAAUCUGCAUUUUACAGUUUGAGGAUUCCGAGGCUCAGAGAAGUGAAAGAACUUGCCCAAGGACGAACAGUUGGGAAAUGUGGAAAUGAAGGAGUCAACGUUUAAAGCCUGAAUUUCUGGAUUCCUGAAUUCGUUCCAUUGCACCAGAUUGCUGUGCAUGUGUGUGCACGUGAGUGCUGUCACCCGCAUGUGUGUUGAAUAGGGAUGUAGGCAGGUCAGCUAGAACAUCAGCUGCGAUUCACCAGGAUGGAAACCUGAUUUUAUCUUGAAGGUUAACACCUGUCUAUCAUAUGCAGAUAACUUAAUGCAUCAUAUGCAUGUGUGCAUUAAGCCCUCUACAUAUGAUAGACAGCUAUUAACCUACAGAGGAGAUGGCAAGUAUGUACAGUAUGUAUUUCACCAGGAGGCCCGUGAGUCACUGAAGAUGAUGUCAGGGAGUAACAAAGAUAGGGGAGCAGGAAAGAGGAUUAAUGAAAUGCCCAGAUUUAAGAACACCCAUAUCUUACCUUCACCUCAUGGUGAUGGAACGUCACAGGUUAAAGUGCAUGGCUGUGUCCACCUUGGUGAAACCACACUUUGCUGGUGAACAAAAUCAUGCAACUAUUAGUUGGACUUCUAAAAAUGUGCAGGUACCAUUUCUAGGAGCAAUAUGGAAUGCAGGAAUAAAACUGCUAACGCCAAACUCUCUGGUAUGGUGAUGUGUGUGUCUGGGGUCAGAGAGUGGAAUUAACACAAAUAUAUAAAUAACCAUGAUGCAAGGUAGGUGGAAAGUGCUCAAGGCCAAAAGAAAUGGACACAUACUGCAACAGUAUUCUAGGAGGCCCAGAGGCAGCAGAGAUUACUCCAGGUAGGGUAUCAUGGAGGGCUUCCUGAGGAUAUGGUAUUUACAUAUAGCUACGUCUCCAAAUAGAUUUUAAGAUCAACAGCAUGGUUUAAGAGAAGUUAGAUUCUGGUUAAUUUUCCAAGAAGCGCUGAGAUGCAGACCUAUGUCCCUGUUCCUCUUUCAGAGACGUGGAAACUGAGACCCAGAGAGGUCGAUUAGGUUGUCCACAGCCUCGCAGCUAGCAAGUGACGGGCUACGAUUUGAUCUUGGGCCAGGGUGUUAGACUCCAAGUUGCGUGCUCCUGUCCCUCCCCGUGAGUUGUCGGCGGAGCCCGGGACCUGCCUGGACUGGCCGAGGGAGGGGCGGACAGUCCGGGCGGGCGGGGCGGGGCUGGCGGCCGCCGGGGCCUGGCUGAGGCACAGCGGACGGGUCGGUCUUCACCUGCCGGGCAGAGCGCACGGGCCAUGGGCUGAGCCCCGCUUAGCCCGCUGGGCCGGCCAUGGGCGAUCGCGAGCGCAACAAGAAGCGGCUGCUGGAGCUGCUGCAGGCGGCGGGCACCGGCAACGCACACUGCGCGGACUGCGGGGCGGCAGAUCCCGACUGGGCCUCUUACAAGCUGGGGGUCUUCAUCUGUCUCAACUGCUGCGGCGUCCACCGUAACUUCCCUGACAUCAGCAAAGUUAAAUCCGUGCGACUUGACUUCUGGGACGACAGUAUUGUGGAGUUUAUGACCCGCAAUGGGAACCUCCGUGUGAAGGCCAAGUUCGAAGCCAGAGUCCCAGCUUUCUACUACAUCCCCCAGGCCAAUGACUGCCUGGUCUUAAAGGAACAAUGGAUUCGAGCUAAGUAUGAGAGACGGGAAUUUAUGGCUGAUGGGGAAGCCAUCUCACUACCAGGUAACCGAGAAGGAUUCCUGUGGAAGCGAGGAAGGAACAACUCACAGUUUCUGAGAAGGAGGUUUGUACUUCUGGCAAGAGAAGGACUCCUGAAGUACUACACAAAGGAAGAGGGUAAAAGCCCCAAAGCUGUCAUCAGCAUUAAGGACUUGAAUGCCACCUUCCAGACAGAGAAGAUAGGGCACCCACACGGGCUGCAGAUCACCUACAGGGGAGAUAGCCACGUCAGGAACCUGUUUGUGUAUCAUGAAAGUGGGAAGGAGAUAGUGGACUGGUUCAAUGCUCUCCGUGCAGCCCGUCUGCAGUACCUAAAAAUGGCCUUUCCUGAGCUCCCGGAGUCUGAGCUCGUGCCAUUCCUCACCAGGAACUACCUCAAACAAGGCUUCAUGGAAAAGACUGGGCCAAAGAGAGAACCCUUUAAGAAAAGGUGGUUCGCCCUGGAUUCCCAUGAGCGGAGGCUGCUCUAUUACAAGAACCCACUGGAUGCCUUCGAGCAGGGCCAGGUUUUUCUUGGGAACAAUGAGCAGGGAUAUGAAGUCUAUGGAGACCUGCCCAAGGGCAUCCGAGGGAAUCGCUGGAAAGCCGGACUCACCAUUGUCACCCCAGAGAGGAGAUUUGUCCUCACUUGCCCCAACGAGAAGGAGCAGCAGGAAUGGCUGGAAAGUUUGCGGGGUGUCCUGUCCAGCCCCUUGACGCCCCUCAGCCGCCUCAGCCUUCCUCAGUGCCGACAGCCCUGUGAAAAAAGAGGAGACAUGCUGAGCUCCAGCAGGAAACUGCUGGCCCAGGCGCUGGCUUCUGGGGCUCAAAGGAGAAUUUCUGUGUUUGGAAAAGUACAGACUGAGCAGGUGACCCCCGACAGCCCCUUGGGGGAAACCCUUGUACCCUUUGAGUCUGACCGAUAUAAACACGAACUCUCUUGACUGUCCGACAAAGGCCAAAGCCAGAGAGCCUCAGAAAGGACUUGCAAAUUGUGAGUGAGGCACUCCAGCUGGCGCUUCCUUUUCUCUCUGGGCUGCCGCUUAUGAGUUUCUUGGUUGUUCUGUCUCUGUGCCUCUGUCCCUCCACUUUUCUCUCCUUUGCUGGUGUGUGCGUCCCCUCUGAUGCCCUGGCUCUCACCCUUUCAUUGUUUUUUAUUCUGACUCCCUCUGUCUUUGUGUAUGUGU